CUCGCUAUUCAAAAUGGCACCGUCUCAAUCAGGAAGUGGAGAAAACAACUACGAAGAAUAAGUUGGAUAAAAUUCCUCAUUUUCGUCGCUUUGACGCGAGUCUUCGCUCAAAAUCAGCCCGCACGCUCGAGGUUUGGAUUGAGAAUAAAGAAACGCGUUAACGGUCAUGGAGAGCUUUUCCCCUUGUUAAAAGUACUAUCUCAUACACAGCCAGCACGUGGGUGGCAGUUAGAGGGUGCAUCGUCUAAGUCGGCUGGAGGUCAUGUGUGAAGCUGUGGUCUGAUGCCCACCCUCCACUCAGCGCUGGCCAUGGACGGGGAGAACUACCUGCAUCCAGAAGGCCCUCAGCUGGACAGCAGCUUGUUCUCUGUGGCCUCCUCUAACAUGGAGAAUUCAAUAUAUGCCUCCUCUGGUUCCUGGGGAUCCUUCUCUCAGCAGGCUGGAUACAGCAUACACUGCCCUAUGCAAUCUGGAAACCAGCAAUACCACUUGAACAGCAGCACUACCACCACCACUCCAGAUAUGCACAUGGACAUGUACUCGGGAUUCUCUGACGUGGACUUUUCCAGCCUCAACCUCCCUCGGAAUGGAGAUUUCACCCAGGACCUGUCCUGCAUUGAUGACCUCUCCACAAACUCUCUGUUCUCCUCUCCGGCUGACUCACUGUCGGAGUAUGCUGAUGCCCAGUCCUUCAUCAGCACAGACAACCUAGACACAGUGCCCACGCUCUGGGACGUCAACACUAGUACCACCACCACACCAGCACAGAGCCAGUUGGAGCAGAAUGGCACCAGCAGGUUUCAAGGCUUGGCAAGUUUGGAUGAUAUAACCGCUAUUAUCAGCACACCACCUUUAGGAGGAUUCCAGGCUGCUCGAACCCAGUCAGCACCAGAGGAGGAAGAGGAUGCAGAGGAAGAGGAGACGGAGGAACUGGGACAUGUAGACACAUAUGCUGAGUACAGACCUUCCAAAUCCACUAUAGGAAUUUCCCAUCCUGACAUAGUGGUGGAAACCAACACGCUAUCCAGUGUCCCUCCUCCUGACAUCACAUACACUCUGUCUAUCCCUGAAUCAACUAUUAACAGUGGCCUGCUGUCUGCUCUGCAGCUAGAGGCUGUAAUCUAUGCCUGCCAGCAACACGAGGUGAUUCUCCAGAACAACCAGAGGGCAGGCUUCCUGAUCGGAGAUGGGGCAGGGGUCGGAAAGGGACGCACCGUGGCAGGAAUCAUCCUCGAGAACAACCUUAAGGGAAGGAAGAAAGCACUAUGGUUCAGCAUAUCCAAUGACCUGAAAUUUGAUGCAGAGAGAGAUCUCAAAGACAUAGAUGCACCGAAUAUUCCUGUGCAUGCCUUAAACAAGAUAAAGUAUGGAGACACAGCUACCUCAGAAGGAGUCCUGUUUGCAACUUACUCUGCCCUGAUUGGAGAGAGCCAGGCGGGAGGGCAGCAUCGGACGAGGAUUAAACAGAUCCUGGAUUGGUGCAAGCCAGACUUUGAUGGAGUUAUUAUUUUUGAUGAAUGCCACAAAGCCAAGAAUGCCACGUCUACGAAGAUGGGCAAGGCAGUGCUUGACCUUCAAAACAAGCUGCCACUGGCCAGAGUGGUGUAUGCCAGUGCCACAGGUGCCUCUGAGCCAAAGAACAUGAUCUAUAUGAGCCGCCUGGGAAUCUGGGGUGAGGGCACACCCUUCAGAACCUUUGAGGACUUCCUGCAUGCCAUCGAGAAGAGAGGUGUCGGGGCCAUGGAGAUUGUUGCCAUGGACAUGAAAGUAAGCGGGAUGUACAUUGCCAGACAGCUGAGCUUCUCAGGUGUGUCUUUCCGCAUCGAAGAGAUUGGACUGGACAGCGACUUCAAACUGGUCUAUAACAAAGCUGCCAAACUGUGGGCUGAGGCGUUGCAAGUGUUCAUGCGCGCAGCUGACGAGCUGGGCCUGGUCAGCAGGAAGUCUCUGUGGGGGCAGUUCUGGUCGUCUCACCAGCGCUUCUUCAAAUACCUCUGUAUCGCUGCCAAGGUCCGCUGCCUGGUGGAGCUGGCCCAAAAAGAGUUGGCGGCUGGAAAGUGCAUCGUUAUUGGGCUUCAGUCCACUGGAGAAUCUCGCACCAGAGAAGUCUUGGAUGAGAAUGAUGGGCAUCUUGACAGAUUUGUUUCUGCAGCAGAGGGAGUAUUCCAGUCCCUUGUAACGAAGCAUUUCCCUUCAGAGAAACAGAGGAGAGAAAAGGCACCUGGGAAUAAAAGAAAACGGAAGCCAAGAGGUCGCCAGACCAAGGUACCCAAGCACACAGUGGACAGCGGCGGCGUGAUCAACAUCACUGACGACAGCAGUAGCGACUCCGAAGGCAUGGACACAGACUCCAACUCCUCACCAGACUCCCUGCUCGACAACGACGACGUCAUCUUUGUGAACCACACUAGCUGCCAGACAGCCAGGAUAGAGGAGAUGAAGCAGGGCCUCCUCAACAAAAUAUCAGUACUGGGAAAAGAACUACCUCUCAAUACAUUGGAUGAGCUCAUCGAUAAGUUCGGAGGACCAGAUAAAGUCUCUGAGAUGACUGGGCGUAAAGGCCGCGUGGUGCGACGUCCUGACGGCAGCGUCCAUUAUGAGUCGCGGGCUGAGCAAGGUCUUACGAUUGACCACAUCAACAUCAAGGAGAAAGAUCGCUUCAUGAGCGGAGAGAAGUUGGUGGCUAUCAUCUCAGAGGCAGCCAGCUCUGGGAUUUCCCUGCAAGCGGAUAAGCGAGUGAAAAACCAGAGGCGCCGGGUCCACAUGACCCUGGAGCUGCCUUGGAGUGCAGACAGGGCUAUUCAGCAGUUUGGCCGAACCCAUCGGUCCAAUCAGGUGACGGCGCCGGAGUACAUCUUCCUCAUCUCAGAGUUAGCUGGGGAGAGACGUUUUGCCUCCAUUGUGGCUAAGAGACUGGAGAGCCUGGGUGCAUUAACCCACGGAGACAGAAGAGCAACUGAGUCCAGAGACCUGAGCAAGUACAACUUUGAGAAUAAGUACGGUACCAAGGCUCUCGAUAAAAUCACCAAAGCAAUUCUUGGCCACAUAGAGAACAAGGUGCCCCCUCCCAAAGGCUACCCUGGGGGUGAAGCCAUAUUCUUCAGAGAUAUGAAAGUUGGAAUGAUGGACGUGGGCAUCUUUUGUAAGGAGUCUCGCUUUGGGAUCAGUACUGAGAAAGACUGCAGCAUCACAAAGUUCCUUAAUCGCAUCCUGGGCCUGGAGGUCCACAAGCAGAACUGUCUCUUCCAGUACUUCACUGACAACUUUGACUACCUAAUUGAGAAAGAUAAGAAGGAGGGCAAAUACGACAUGGGCAUCCUAGAUCUGGCUCCAGGUAACGAUGAGAUUUAUGAAGAGAGGCAGGAAACUUUCUUGACAGUUGGAAAUCCUCAGGAUGGACAGGUUGUUCUUUAUAAGAUCAGUGUGGACAGAGGUAUGCCCUGGGACGAGGCCUACAACAGGUCGCUGAAGCUCAGUGGUCCUGAUGAGGGAUUCUACUUGUCCCUGAAGCUGCGAGGUAACCACCCAUGUGUGCUGCUAGCUGAACAAGGAAGAGGCAAAAACUUCAUCGUCUACAAGCCCAACAUCGGAAAGCAGACCCAUCCUGAGAGCCUCGACAACCUGCACCAACGUUACCGGAAGGUGACUCCUGAGGAAGCGAGGGACAGCUGGGAGAACCAGUUCACCUUCUCUUUCAAGAAGUGUAGUCACGCCAACUGGAAUGGAAAGUGUAAGAAAAUCGAGGAAGGCCAAGAGUGUCUGCAGGGCAUGCGCCUCCGUCAGUACCACAUGCUGUGCGGAGCUCUGUUGCGGGUGUGGAAGCGUGUAUCCGACGUGGUUUCUGACAUCACCAGCUCCAGCAUCCUCCAGAUUGUCCGCCUCAAAACUAAGCAGCACAACAAGCAAGUCGGCAUCAAGAUCCCAGAGAACUGUGUGGCUCGUGUGCGCGAGGAGCUGCUGCUGAUGGACGAGGAGGUGAAGAGGAGGCGAAAGGAGAAGGAGCAGCAGGCCGUGGAGCAGCGCCUGGCUGAGGAUCGCAUGCGUAAAAUGGAGCAGCAGAACAAACAUCUCCUGCAGAAUCUGUUCAGCCAGAAGUCCAUGCUCACCCAGUCCCUCGUUCAGACUCACGCCCAGAACCCCAUCCUCAAACAGAAACUGAACCAAAACGCCCUGCAAAGGACUCCGACCGGGGGCAUCUCUCAGCUGCAGAGACUGCAGCCCCAAAGCCAGUCCUCUUUACAACACCCCCAACACAACUUACCCCUGUUGUCUUUACAGAGAAAUCCAACCCAGCAAAGGACCCAUAACAACUGGCCCAACAGCUCCACCUCCUCCUCCUCCUCCUCCAUCACCACCAACCAGGGCCCUCUGACCAACACAGUUAGCCUCAAUUACUCACCGUUUUACCCGCAGUCCUUUGUAUCACCUUUUUCACAGCCGAAGAACCCGUCUCUUCCACUCCAUCAGACCUCGCUGUCUUCCAAGAACCCCCUGGACGACAUCUUGGACCUGACAGUGAGUUCACCGUCGCCCUCUCCGGACAGCACAGAGGGCGCACUGAGUCUGGACACGCUAGCGGGCAACUCUGCAGCAUUCCCAGGCGAAUUUAAUCUGGAGUCUCUCAUGUCUAACACGACGAAUGCCCAGCAGCAGAUACAGCAGCCCAUUUUACUUCAGCAACAGCAACAACAGCAGCAGCAGCAGCAGCAGCAUCUACAGGCCUCACAGCAGCAGCAGCAGCAGAACCUGUUGGCCAAUAACCACCAUGACUUGUUAGAUUUGUUUGACUUGCCCCUGUCCCCCCAGAUGCCCACACAGAAAGCCAGCCCCUCGUCCUCUUCCUCGUCCUGCUCUUCCUCUACGUCCUCCACCUCCGCCGUGUCCAACAACCUUGUUUCUCUCUUCUCCAGCCCGUCCUCCUCCCUCUUUUCCAACUCUACCUCUCGCUUCCCCGCCGCCUAUCUCCUCCCGCAGCCGGACUCUGUUUCUUUACCCAACGGCCACUGCAGCUCCGGCGCUCUCGACGUUCGCGAGGCUCUGAACAGCAUGCUGCAGGCCGGGCCGGACCGCAAGUCUGUCAUCCAGUACCGGCAGCAAGACUAGCAGCUUUGAACGGCAACAGCUAGUCGGGACUUUGUUUAUCUUUGGGUAUUUUUUAUUUUAUUUUUGUCUUUUAAAGCAGAUCGCGUCUUGUUUGCUGCUGUCUACGAUCGCACCCUUGGACCUGCUCCCUCUCCCCUCAGGGCGUAUAGUCAAGUCACUGCCUGUCCUGCGCUGGGCUCACCCUUCUCUUUAUCCACCUGUAGCGUUCACCUGCUUGAGGCUGUCGAGGUGAUGUCGGAGCUCGAUCAAUAUCAGAUUUCUACACCAAAGUGUGUCCUCCACAGUAAAAGGCAGCUGUUUGAAAAAAAAUAAAUGAAUAAAUUAAAGGAAGUGGAAGAAGAAGAAAAAAAGAAAACAAAAAAAAAAAACACGCGAUAACUGUAUUCUAUCGAACACACGAGCUGUCGAAACACAAGCUCAUCGACGAGGUGUGGAAAUCUUUUAACAAAACCUCCCGCUGCUGAUUUUUACGAGGUAUGAUUGGUGAAGUUGCUGGAAGCUCUACAUGACUUUCACCAGUUAAAACCACAUCUUUAGACUUUGCUUUACUGUUACUUCGCUUCAUGGCAGAAAAAAAAAUGAAAAAACUGUAUGCAAGGCUUGGUUUGAGUGAAACGAGACAUAGUGUUGAACUGGAAGACGAGAGCAAAAAAACACAUGAAAUCUUUUAGCUGAUUAGCCAUGAAAUGCCUCAGUUGUCGUUUCUUUUUUUGUUUUUUUUCUCUCUUCUACAUGCUCCCUCUUGUUUCUCUCCCUGCUUGUAUGAACACUAGUGUGAGGAAAAAGGGAGAGGAAGAGCAGUCUGCUGUUGCAAACAGUGCCUUUUGGAGAAAUCUAUAAAUGCAGUCUUUAGAAUCCAUGUAGCCUAAUGUAUAGAUUUGUACUCUUGAGCGUUGAUUUUAAUUUUAAUUUAAUAUGGUAUAUUUGUAUUUAACUUUUAGCCCCUUCAGUCAGUGAGUCAGUCAGUUAGUUGUUGUUUGCGUUACUCUCCGCUGGUGUUGGGUUUCAGGAAGACAUUUAGCCUGUAUAUGCUUGUCUGCUCCUAAAAGAAGAGCGACGUCCUUUGUUUGUGUCCUCUCUGUCGCAGGUUAGAUGACCGUGUUCGAGGCGAUCGGACAGAUUGUUAAGCAGCACGGAUAGAAAACUGUGUCCAAAAAUCUAUACCCAGUUUCCCUGUUUUUUUUUUUUGUUUUUUUAAGCUGACAGUAGAGUUUUGGUGAUGUGACUCCUGUUUUGUUUUGAUUUGAAAUUCCUCAGGAAAGUCUUGAGUGUUUUUUUUUUCUUUCUGGUGUGUGUGUGUGUGUAUACGUGUCAUUUUGACCAACGUAGAUAUCAAACAUUUGUUUUCAGUCUUCAGAAUUUCACAUUUUUAAUUGAGGUUUUAAAAAAAAGCCCCGUCGGGAAAAAAAAAAAAAAGUCUCGGACAAAAGGUUCCAGAGGAGUUGAACCGAUCACAAAUAUCUGACUGUUUCCAUUUCAGGCGUCCGUGCUGUAAAAACCUUUCAAAAGACGUGGACUCGUGAUGUUCACCGUAUGAUAUUUACAAACCUGUGAGAUCUGGCCAUCUUUGUGUGAAGACGAUGCACUGUAGUUGGUUCGUGACAACAUGCCGGGUGAAGUUCAAGCGAUCAAAAAGCAAUAAAACAUUAUUCCACACUUGUUCUGAAACAGACAUGCCUACGUACUGUUUACGCUCAACAGGCAAAGCUUUGUGGUUACCUUUGCAUGGUAUGAAUCUUCUUUUUUUUUCUGUUGCUUAAUAGUCUUUUAGUCAAACACAUUCUGAAACGCAUACAAACCAUUGUAAAGUACGUUUUUUCACAGGACGCAAUGCGUUCUGGAUGUUUUAGUCAUCGUUAUUAUAAAAGUUAUUGUUAUUUAUAUUUAAGGGAUAUUUAGAUUUUAGAUACGUUAUCUUGCUUAUUAUAAUAGUUAACGACAUGUUUGGUCAGGGAAGUUACUAGUUUUCAAGAUUGCUAUAGUAAUAAUAAUAAAAAAAACAAAAAGUUCUAUUAUAACCUGCCACCAAAUAAGAUUGCACUGUUCUGUACUGCUGUACAGUGUCUGGAUUUGUUUCUGCUCCUUUCAGUUUUGCUUUCCUCAAGUAGAAUUGUUUCUCCAACUCGUAGACCUUCGGCCAGGCCUUCAGUUCGCAGAGAGAUACCAAAGUAUUCCACAGACACCCCUAAAGUUACUGGUUCUAAGAUAUCAGACCUUUUAUCAAUCUCAGGAAGAAACCUACAAGCGGUGUAACGUCGGGGCGUUAGCAGAAAUAUAUCAUUUCCCCUUAUAACAGCGGUGAAACUAAUGAAUACAUGUGCUAUUUUUUUUUUUGUUUUUUCUUAACUCUGUGCUGUGACUCUUGCUGUAUUUAUGUUUUAGACUUAAUGUGAUGGGUUUGUUGUUUGUCCUUGUGAAAAUGUCAGUGAUUCUAAAUGUUUAUGCCUUCUUAGGGCAACGAUGAAAGGCUGUUUCUGUUGAAGAAGCAUUAUGUUUUCUGUGGACAGGUUUUUUUUUUUUUGUUUUUGUCUUGCAGUUGUUGGACAGUUCAUUCACGCUGACAGAUUUUUGAGUCGCACCCGAAUUAUGCUGAAAUGUGCAAUUGAUCUGUCCAAGCCUUCCCAACAGAUUCACAACAGGUUUUAGGAUCAGACCGACUCACUCACAGUAUUUCUUGUUAAUUCUCCACCACAGCAUGUUUUCCUCGUUCGUUUUGCUUUGAAUAUUCCUCAUCAGGCACAUUCCGAGACGUCAGUCUGCAAAAGUUUUGCCUUUUGAUUUUGUGUUUUAUGAUCACAAAAAUAAAGCUUUAUGCAUUUGAGGGAUAUGGACAGCAAUGUUAGGAAAAAAAAGCUUUUUUUUUUUUGUUAGGAUUCUUUUAUUUGUGUAGCUAGGCCUUUAAUCAUUUUAUCAUUUUGCACUAAGAAUGGCAUAAUCAAGUUACUGUUAUCUUGUUGGUUAUGAUUGAGCGUUGCAAGCUUGUUGUGUUUCUGUUCUUUGAUGGAUUGCUCUAUGUAUACUGUAACCAUCUUUCUCGUUUCUCCACCAUUUGCAUAUUAUAUAAAUGUUAUCACUCUCAAAUAAUUUAUUGCUAACAAAAAAAAUGAAACAAAAAACAUGCUACUGAUUGUAUGUAUUUUUAAACAAAGCCUAUUUUUUCUGUAAAAAAAAAGAAAAAAAAAGAAAACUGUGUUCAGCACUUUUAUUCUGGGUUGUGCUUUUGUUUUCUAUAUAUUUAUAAUUUAGAUCCAAAUGUAUAUAUUGUAAAAUUUGUGCCUUUCGACUAAUUCUUUAAAAAGGUUUUCUACUCAUUAAAGGAAGGACUAUAUGAAAUUGCAAUCUUAACUUUGUAAACAAAUAAAAACUUGAAGAUUGCUGAAA